AUGAGGACCCUAGGAGCUGUCAUCACCCUCCUGCUCUGGGGGCAGCUUUUUGCUGUGGAAGGCAAUGAGGUCACAGAUCUUUUUGUGGAAAACCUAAGAACCCAGUGGAUCAGGUGCAACGCAUCAUAG